AUGAGCGACGAAACCUACCCUUCAUGGUCUCUGGAGGCCUUGCCUAGAAAAGAGAGAAAAUGGCUCUCAUUGUUCUCCCUGCGAUUCGGUGCCGUACUAUGUACCAUGACUGCGAUCAUCUGCUUCGCCUGGGCAAUGCAGGAGCAUAAUAGAGUCGGCGUUGCGACUGAUGGGCUGGGCUCGGCUUUUGCUGCCAUCAAUCUAGGCACCGUCUCAUACGGAUUCGUUUGGUCUUCCGUCGUUCUCAUUGUUGUACUUUGCAACUGUGCUGUGCAUCCCGGGAUAAUCAUUGCAUUUGACUGCAUUGCCUUCGUCGCCCAGAUAAUCACCGUCUCCUUCGAAUUGCAUGAGCUUGCCUAUUGGCACGCCGGGGGCUAUAAGAUGCGCAAUACUCGUGCUGCUGAUGUGCUGUAUGGGGUAGAGUGCUUGGCGUGCUCUCGGAAAGCUGGAAGGCAAAACGCUAAGCAGACUUUCGAGGCUUGA